UUUAUAUAUAAACCAAAGAUAGAAUUCAAAAUUACAUUAAAAUGUUUGUUACAAAUUCCGCAGUGUGGUUUACGUUCACAUUUUUCGCUUUAUGUGAAUCCAUUGUUGUUGAAGACCUCCCAAAAUGCCACCUGGACGAUUCCGAAUGUCUAAGAGACUUAUAUGAAAUGGUGAUCAAGGAAAUAAUCGAGAAUGGACUGCCCGAACAAGAUGUACCACCGAUGGAACCUAUGGUUAUAGAAAACGUUACUUUUAAUAUCCAUGAAGUGGCGAACUUAACAAUAGUAGAAGGUAUGGCUAAAGGAAUCAAGGAAUGCAUUGUUGAAAAAUUCAGUAUUAAUAUAACUGCAGGAAUAGGACACCAGGAAAAUACAUGCGAUAUUUCAGUAGAGGGGCAUUACAUAAUGGAAGCUUUCAGUCCUUUGUUCAAGAACUUCCUUGGAGAAGAAUAUAUGCACGGCAAUGGAUAUGGAAAAUCUGAAACUGAAAACAUGCAUCUGAUAUUCGAUUUCCCCUUCAACGUAAUACAGCACGAUGACGGGGAGAUCUACAUAAAAUGUAUCUACGACCUCAUCAAGUACGACUAUGAAAAUAGAGAGAAAGUGGUGUAUGCCGCUGAUAGUAUUGUUGUGGGGGACGAGGAUAUCAGUGAACUCAUGGUCGAGAUGAUGAACGAAAACUGGCAAUUCGUAAUGUCGACAUGUGCUCCGCCAUUUAUGGACAAAUCCGUGGAGUCCUACUUCAAGUUUGUUGGCUAUUUCUUUGACAGCGUGCCAGCAAGACACUACAUCAUUGAGGACUUGUCGCCUUAUCUUAAACCCUAAAUCACCAUUUUGCAAACCAUUUUAUUCACCUUUUGGCU